UCAGGUUCAAACAUUGUGAAUGUGUAUGUUUCUCUUCAUGGAAAAGACGCUAAAACUUGUGGCACCCUAAGUCUCCCUUGUCGGUCCAUUGCUCAAGCGGUUUAUCGCGUGGGCCAUGGCGGGAACAUCUAUCUGGACGGACGUGGGACCAAGAAACGCCCCUAUGGCUGCAGAAACGGUCGCAAUAUUUUGAUAGAUCGCCCAGGUGUUUACGUGAACAAGACCUUGACUCUGAGGGGACUCUACUCCACCCCACACGUUUUAUGUACUGAUGGAUUUUAUUUUCAGAAGACAAAUGGCGAACAGCUGACAUUUGCUUUGGUGUUGUCAGGAAUCGAUUUUCAACAAACUCCGCUAAAUUGUAAUGACUGCCAGCGCAUCACAAUCCACAACUGUUCUUUUCAUAAUGCUUCAAGAGCCUUGGCCAUCAAAAUACAGAACGUUACAUCUUUUCAGCUUGACUUAAAAGGCAAUUCAACGUUCCGAAAUAAUUCACAAUGCAUCAACGUCCUUUUACUCAAUAAUACUAAAGGAAAAAGUCAAGACGUUACACUUAAUAUAAAAGAUGCAAUGUUUGAAAGAAAUGGUCUAUACUGGCACGGUACUGGCAGAGAGGUCAUAAUCAUCAGAUCUGUCGCAAAAAAUGGUUCUUCUCCAGUAUAUAUUCACAUAUUUUUCUGCAGAGUUGAAAGUUCUUACAAUGAAGGCCCCUUCCUACAUCUUGACGUUUCAAAUGCGAUUACAAACGAAACCUUCGUAGAUGUCGACCUACAUCACCAUGGAAAACGUCGCGGAGAACGAAAUCGACGUUUAUAUUUCUCACAUGCCAGAGAAACAAAAGCAAAGUUCAUCUCCUUGACAUGCCAUAACAACCCAAAUAAGCAAUGCUUAGUAGUUCAGUCAGACUGGGCAAAUAUAGUUAUUCAAGACUCGACUUUUUACAACCAAUCUGUCGAUUCCAAAAAGUCAGGUUCUUGCUUGUCUCUAGCGGCUAAUAUUAAUGCAUCUUUAAGAAUCGUGAACUCUAACUUCCAUAACAAUGAAGCUGGCGCCGGCGGAUCGAUUUUUGCCAAUAGCAGACAUGGAGUUCUAAAAGUCUUUCUUAUCAAUGUAACAUUCAGU